AUGUACGCUAGAAUUAUUUUUUCCUUUAAAAACAUAGAGGCAGGUAGGAGUAGUGGUAGAACCCUAGAAAAGUGGGGUGAAUCCUCAAUUCUUCUUUUCACGGCCACAUCAAACCCUGAUUCACUCUGGUCCUCCCUCUCAUCUCUUGUUCCGCUUCAUUUUUAGAGUACAACUUAAUUCACUUGGGUUUGCUUCCAAUUGCAAUCCCCCUCUGUUAAUUUUCCAUUCUUCUAAUUAGUAAUUUGGUAAAUGUGGCAAUGGUUGGGCUUAGGAACAUUGAAGAAUUGGAAUCUGACGAGCCUAUUGAACAAUAUUCCGAGGAGGAGUUGAACUGGUUGAAUUCCUCUCCGUCGCAGCACACAUAUUCCCCUCUCUGGGGCCCCACAAAUUUCCCGUAUUUCCCUCCGUCGCCCCCGUAUUUCACUCCUCCGUUGCCCACAACUACUUUCCCUCCGUCGCCACCGUCUUUCCCUCCGUAUCCGCCGGCGUCGCCGCCGCAACCAUCCUCGUUCGAUUUAAUUCAUUUUCAGAGUGCACGUUUUUCGAGAUUCUAUCCACAAAAUGAACAGCACGAGGACAUCGUUCGCAUGCCGGCCGUUGACUUGGGGUAUUUUGUGCAGCACACAAUUCAUUACAGGGGCGGUGGUGUGUUGGAUGUGAUCCCAUCAGGAAGACUUGUAACCAUCAACGGGUUGGAACUACAGCGCGAGGACAUCAAAGAAUCACAGGCCCAAUUUCUCGCGGUGUUGAUGGAUGAAAAAGUUCAGAGCAGGGACGAUGUGUUGGAUAUGCUCGCCAUGUCCCAAGAUUCAAAUUUGAGGUUCAACAGUGCGACACCAGAGUACGAGGACAUGGUUGACCAGUCGGUCCUACGCUCCGUGAGAGUGCGCCAGUCCCAAAUGGAGUACAGGGGCGGUGGGUUGGAAGUGAUCGGGGACGCUUCAACAAUCAACGGGGUGGAAAUUCAGGGCUUGUCUACGACUCCGGAACCAUCGCUUAUAUUUCAGACCACCGACUCCAAAACAGUGUGGCUGGGACGCCGCGGCCAAUGGGCGGUCGAGUUUCAUUUCAGGUGGAAUUGGCUCAACAUCGGCACCUUCAAAUCUGCCUCCUUAGCAUCUGAAUGGGUAAUAAGGUUCAUGGGAGGGAAGGAUGAUCUUUUCGCUUUCCCUAGACUCUUCGUAAAUGAAAACAGAUCAGAACCGCCGCCGCAGUUGGCUCUGACAUCACAAGUAGAGAACCGAAAUGAGGAUUUUGGAUUGGGGUGCAGCGAGGCCGUGGGGAAUGAUGAAGUUGAGGCAGUUGAAAAUAUUGGUACUGAGAGAACAGGGGAUGAUUGUGUAAUGGCAGAUCAGUUGAAUUCUGAGUGUUUGGGAAAAAAGAAAACAAAGGAAAAGAACCCAGUUGGAGAGAGAAGAAACAAGAAAACAAAUGGAGUUAGAAUUGCAAUUUCUCCCGAGGAUAUCUCACAAAAUAAGAGAAUGCGUAGCGAAGAUGCUGCAAAGCAUCUCAAAGUUGAGACAGUUGGAAAGUGGAGUGGGGGAAGAAACAAGAAAAAUGCAAUUUCUUUGGAAGAUAUCUUACGGUGUAAGGAAAUGCCUCAAAAAGUUGCUGCAAAGCAUCUUAAAGUUGGCCUAUCCACACUGAAGCGAGCUUGUCGAGGGCAUGGCAUCCGCAUUUGGCCACCUUGCGGGGAACACAAUCAAUCUAGCCCCAACGAAUCUCCCACGGUUGUUGAUAAAGAGCAAAUCCCACAACUGAAGUCUGAUAAACUUUUGCCUUCUAAUCAAGUCUCAACUACUACUUCCACAGAAAGUGUGACAAUGAAGGCAAGAUUUGGUAAACAUACGAUAAAGUUUCAGCUGUCUUGGCCAUUCGGCACGGAAGAGCUAAAACAGCAAGUGAAAAAGAGGCUGGAACUCGAGACUGGAACUUAUUACAUUAACUACAAAGAUGAGGACAAUGACGAUAUUUUAAUAGGUUGUGAUGAGGAUUUACAGGAUCAUAUAUCCCGUUCUAGCAUACCGGGCAUCAAUUCUAUUGAGGUAUUUCUUCAGCCAAAGUAGCUGAUGAAUCUCACGUUGCCCCUCCUAGUUUUUUCAACUGUAUUAAGUGCUUAGUUAAACAGUCAAACUAUUUGGACGUUUCCGCAUCUGUUGCAUACGAGAAGUGCAUUUAGAGAUUCUCCAAUAA